GUGUCUGUGCUGGUGCUGCCCAUGCAGCCAGCCCCAUGCCUGACCAGCUGUGAGUUUCUGAGUUCCUACAUGGAUGAGCUGCUACGUGGAGAGCCAAUGUCUUGGAACAAGGAUGUGCUGCUCCUCCUGAUGUUGAUGCAGUUGCCAGCCCCAGAAAACCUGUACACAGCUGAUUUGUGAGAUCACGAUGAAGCAGAAAUAUGAAAAAACAUGGAAGAAAUUUGCUUGUGAAAAUAAGUCAGUUGCUUGUCCUGUCUAGAAGAUGGACUGCUGGAUUUGGGGAGCUCGAGAAACGCUGCUUCCAAAAGGAAUUCUUCCUAGCUGAGAGGGAAGGACAGCACUCGGCUAAUUGUGAGCUUAAAUCACAAUAAACUGUUCAGAAGUCUGCAGUGCACAAGGAGGGCACUUGAGCUCCAGAGCAGGUGGGCUCCUGAUGUGCAGCUAAAUGCAGAAACUUAUCAAAAACCUACUGUUGAACCAUAGAGCUUUCCUUACAAAAAUACUGAGGGCAAAAAGUUCCUGUCCCAGUCUCAAAGCUGAAAGCCCGUAUGGAGAAGCAGUAAGAAAACUCAACAAUGAAUCCUUUCAGAGCGAAGAUCCCUUGGACAAAGAACUAGAAACUGGCGCUCCUCUUAACAGCAUCUCUAGUGACGUUCAUUGUGUCUGGUGUGGUACACAGCAUGGUGCUGCGUUACCUGUAAAGAAAGGUGGUUUUGUGUAUGGUGGGGAGGAGAGCAAUAAUGGUGCGGGCAACACAGUCCUGGUAAUUUUAAACAACUAUAAAAGGAAAUGCUGUUGCAAAAGGAGUGGAAUGGAACUUGUGGCCCCUUGACAACUGUAAAGAGGUCCAAAUUUAGCCAUAAUAAUGUAAAAAAGAGAUCUUUAUUUAUGAUGCAUAAGAAACUUUCUAUGGUGAAGUUUCGGUAUAGAAUUAUAAAAUCCCCAAAACUUCGAGCAAGAGGCAAAACCUGCAAAUUGAGAAAAAUUAAGCCAAGGUGGGUGAAGAAAGUGACGAGGGACCAUCGAGAAACGCUCCGGCGGGAUUUGGAAGGUGGAUUGUGUGAUUGGUUUUCCUGCUGGAAAUCUAAAAGUAACUGUCUUUGGAAUCAGUACAGCUUAUCAGAUAUGAACAAUAACACACCCACAUCUUCGGGUGAGGAGAACGAAGUGCCCACAUCUGAGAGUGACCACGUGCAGGACACAGCGCUGUGUGCUGAGCUGCGUUCCGAGGAGCUGGGAGCUGGGGGGCAGGAAGGCAGCGCCGGCACCGUCCUGCCAGAACUGAGAGCUGGAGUUUCUCUGCAGGCAGAGACUGGGCACGAGGUGGAGAUCGGCGAGGCUCCAGCAGAGGAUUGCAGCUCCGAUGUUCUGAUCGGUGUGGUAGCAAAAGAUACUGCGGUUUUGGGUCAAGAUAAUGCAGAACAGAGUGAGGUUAUGGGUGUAGAUGGAAUGAUACUGUUACAAUCCUCCUUGCAGGAUUCUGAUGUCAGUGACAAUUUGGCAAAUGGACCUUUAUCCAUGGAGCUGGCACAAAAUGCGGACAGCUCGAACCAAAUGGAAGUGGAGGGCUCCUUGAACCUGGACAUUUUUAGUGCAAAGCUCCUCGAUCACCCAUACUGUAAGAGUCCUCUUGAGGAGCCUCCACCAGGAAGCACAGGACUGAAAUCAGGAACUCGGAAGGGAGGCAAAAAGAAUGGUCAGAAAGCUUCCCGUGUGGCUGAUGAGCAGUUGGCAGCGUGGCUUUGUGUAUUCCUAGAUGAAGUUAUGAAGAAGUAUGGCAGUUUAGUUCCGCUCUGUGAAAAAGAUGUCAUGGGAAGAUUAAAAGAAGACUUUAAUGAAGAUUUCUCCCAUAGAAAACCUUUUAUCACCAGGGAAAUCAUGAAGUAUCGGGAAAAACAUCCGAAAUCCUCCACUUGCAACUUCCAGGUCUUCUAUAAUAAGCACAUGCUGGAUAUGGAUGAUUUAGCUACACUGGAUGGCCAGAACUGGCUGAAUGACCAGAUAAUUAACAUGUAUGGUGAACUCAUCAUGGAUGCAGUCCCUGAAAAGGUUCAUUUCUUUAACAGCUUUUUUCAUAGACAGCUUGUAACCAAAGGAUAUAAUGGGGUAAAGCGGUGGACUAAAAAGGUGGACUUGUUCAGAAAGACUCUCUUAUUGAUCCCUAUUCACCUGGAAGUCCACUGGUCCCUCAUUACUGUGAACAUCCCCAACCGAAUCAUUUCGUUUUAUGAUUCCCAAGGCAUUCAUUUUAAGUUUUGUGUAGAGAACAUUCGAAAGUAUUUGCUGACUGAAGCAAAAGAGAAGAAUCGCCCCGAGUUCCUUCAGGGUUGGCAGACUGCUGUGACAAAGUGCAUUCCACAACAGAAAAAUGACAGUGACUGUGGGGUUUUUGUGCUCCAGUACUGCAAGUGCCUCGCCUUAGACCAGCCUUUUCAGUUCUCCCAGGAAGAUAUGCCCCGAGUGAGAAAAAGGAUUUACAAGGAGCUGUGUGAACGCCAGCUAAUAGACUAAUAAAAUGCAGCCAACCUAAUUUCUCUGGCAUUUCUGACAAGUUGCAGCUGGUGUUUGUUUACUUGAAUUUCUGAAAACUUCCCGUGAAUUUUGAGCAAUUCUCAGCUGAGUGGUGUGGCCACUGUUGUUACCUCAAUUUUCUGACAAGCUCUGUAACUGGCAGAAUAUAACAGAGUUGCCGUAAAAUAUUCCUAAUGUCGGUUUGGUUCUCUUUUGUUCUUUCCUGUAUUUAAUAUUUAUUAUCUCAGCAUGCAUAUAGGCAAAGCAUGCAACGAAAACCAUAAAGCUGUAGAUUUGGUGCACCUUUGAGAUGUAGCUAGAAAUGACAAAUACAGGUGAAUUUGUCUGGAAACAAAAAGAUGCAUGAUAUGUUUUCUGAUGCAAUAAUGCUUUGAAUGUAUCAAAAAACCCCACACAACUCAAUGCCAUAAAAAGAACAGCUAGAACCUGUUUGAUUACUCUCUUGUCCUCGGUGUGGCUGAAUAGUACAGAAUGGCCACUUCUUGGGGUGGCUAAACUCAUUUAUGGAGUUCAUUUGCAGAGUCCCCUUUUUUAUAUAGCUGAAGUUGCUAAUUGAGUUUGUUCUGUUAACACUUACUUGGCUGUCAUUAGUCAGCCCAUCCCUGUAGAUAAAAAGCAGCCUUUGCACAGAAAGGAGGUUUCACUGUUUGUCUGUGUAAUAAAAAGCUGGAAGAUGUGCAGUCAGUCAGAUUGAUGGCGUGUUCCUCCACCCUGCAAUGUCUCCAUGGUGUGUGUAUUAAGGAGGAGAAUUGUAAACCUGGCCCUGAAGAGUCGCGGUUCAGAUACUAAGAUAAAAUCCUUGGCUGUAACUGUUCAAAUCUCAGAUGGUUUGAGUCAUUUUUCCACAAUAUGAAAUGUACCAUUUCUGCAUCUCUCUCUUCAGCUCUGUCUUUAAAUGAAUUCCCUUCUAGCUUGUUGUCUUUAACCUCCCAUUGGCUUUUGCCUUCAUUCAAAUAUAAAUUAAUUCGUUCCUGAUGCAUCUGCUAUUUGAUUGUCUCCAAGCAUCCCUAGUUUCGUUUGCGUUCAGCAGCACUGAUGGGACUGGUUGGGAAUAAUGGCACUUGUGGUGGGUGCUGUACAAACACAAAAGAAAUCAUGGUUCUGCUCUGGAAGGGCAGUAGGCUGCAAAUCCAGCACUCAAUUUUGCAGUAUUGUUGCACUGAGCAGGGAUAAGUGAGAGCGGUAGAUCUUGAGACUUUGGUUUUUCUGCCUUGAUCUCUAAACUGUGAUGUGUUUUUUGAUGAAGGAAGCCAGUUCUGUUUAAAGAGACUGCUUGUACGGGACUGCUACAGCAGCAAAAGUCUUUGCUGUGUUUUUCUGCCAGUUAAGGGAGUGAGCCCAGAGGAAAACUGUUCUCGAUACUACGCAUCAUCUGUUGCACAGCUUUGCUUUGACUCUGUGUCUGUCCAUAGCCCUGACUUGUGACAGAAGAAAACCACUCUGACUUUGCUGUCUUGCAAAUUAACUCAGGCUCGAGCCGAGCCAGGUGCAAAUCCCUCCUGGAUUAUCAGAGGGAGCUGGGAGAAAAGAGGGAAUGCCGAGUGCAGUCAGGCUAUAGGAGAUGGAAGCGUGCACAUGCUGAGCUGUGCUAGAGGAGGAGGUUCAGCAGUAGCCUGGUGUGUUCCCACUUCGCCUUGUUGGCAGCUGGCAAGGGCUGGCUUAAUUCAGCAAGAUAAGGAGGGCCUGAAGCACUUGGCUAGAUAAUUUAAAUAGGGAACUUAGUGAAUCAAAAAAACCUUAAGACCCUGGCUGGCCAAGCAUAGAUUUACUCAUAGUGCAUAGUGCAGAGGAUCCCACAGCACAUGGUGCUUUUGUCUCUUCCCAAAGUAUUGCUGACACGAACAGCAGCACCUUGGGGUGAGUGACUGUGAAUAAUGAAGGGUGACUUCCAUGGAAACCAAAGCUUGGGGAUGCAGUUUCUCACGUGCUAGGCCAGACCGUUUUAGCUAGUGCUGCCAUUCUCAUCUCUGCACACUGCUAUUGUGUGAGUGGCACGAGUGCUGAUCCUGCCAUGUGGUGGGACCAGCUCCGCUGAUCUGGGUUAGAACUAACCCAGCCAGGCUGCCACUCUAAACCCUGAAGACAGAGGAGUUCUCAUGAAAGCAGUGCCAGCUUUGGAUGCGUACAGGUGAAGCCAUGCCCUCAGGCAGGACUGCCUGUGAGGAAUGAAAUGCAGAAAGGGGACUGUAGAAGCAAGUUGACUUCGUAUUCAGAACUUAAGAUGUUGCUAAGGAAGCUUGAAGGAUGUGCUGCAGUGGUGUACCAGCAUAGGAGAGGCCGACUUGUUAUGGAAGAUGCUUUGUUUGUGGAUGUGCGUCUUUCUGCAGGAACUGAACCACAGCUUCCUUUGCCAACCCUUGGUGCCUGCAAAUGAUGGGGAGGAAUCUGUCUUUUCUGUGUGAGAGGCUGGCAGGAGUCUUGGAUCCUGAUCUCUUUAUCGGUGGCGUCAAUAGAAGGACAGUAUUUGUGUGAACUUUUGUGUUCAAUAUUGAUGCUUUGAAGCAAGUGCAUCUGCGCACCAGAUCGCAGGAGGGGAAGGGGCUCGUGUCUGAGUCACUGCCUGGUGAGCUGGAGAAGAGGGUGGGGAAAGAUGCAUGUUGGAAAGUACUUCUUAUGUGCUUCCUUGUCAUCUAGAGGUUUGCUGACAAGUGUUCCAGUUGAUUAUGGGGCAGUACAGAGAAGCUGAACUCAAGUCUCCAACUGUGAGUACAGCAGUGAGAGGCCUCUGAAAAAAAGAAGGGGAAAUUGAAAACAGAGCUAAUGUAAGCAAAGUCUGUUGGUGCAGGGUGGAAAUUAAUCACAGGCCUUCAGAAUCUCAGACUCUGUAACGCUGUAUCUUGUGAAACUGGACUAAUUAACUCCUCCUUGGGAAUGUCUUUGAUGCCUUGAAGGAGAUGGGCUCCAUGAUCUGUCGUUGCUUUUACCAUUUCUUAAACAUUCGGGGCUAUGUAGAGUGUUUUUAUUAUGAGAGGCACAUUUACGUGGCUGUAGUUAUGGCUGUUAGCAAUUCCAUUAAUGUGAUAUUCAGAAUUUCAUAAAUCACUCUGAACAGGUUUGGCUGAUGCUUAAAUUUCACGAUUCGUUGUGAAGAGAUUGUCUCACCGUGCUGAGUUAUACAAAUAGGCCCAGAACGGGUAAAGCCUCUGUCUCACACGUGACAAAUUCAAGCUAGCUGAGUUGUGAUAAACCUUCAGCACAAUUGGAAAUAAAUGAUUAGUUUCCAUUUUGUUUGCUUUAAUCUAUAGUUCAGGAUGGCUGUGCAGCUGACGUAAAUAAAAAGAGAAAACAAAAUUGGAAGUGGUUCUGCAGGGCGUAGGAAUACCCACUGCAGAACAGCAGGCGGAGGGGGCCUUAGUGCGGUUCCUUGGUGCCAUUGGACCAUUCUGAGCAGGGUGUGCAGGUGAUGCCUGCGAGAUUUGCUUGCACUGAUUGAUUGUGAGCAGCUGAUGGCUCGUAGCAUCUGCAGUGUGGUGUUUAACCUGCCUUUCCUUUCUCAGAGUUCUGACUGGCGUUACCUACUGUACUGUUUGCUCAAGUUAACAUGCAGAUUCAAACCCUGGGAAGUGAUGUAGACUCGGCUCCACUGAGCAGUAACUGUGUUUUGUGGCUGUGUUCUUGCAUCAAAUGAGGCUCAUGUUCCUGUGAAGUAAUAAAAUGAAGUUUUACCAUAAACCCCA